AUGUCCGAGAUCAUCGGCGAAACGGACCGUGGUGGCGAGGCUCUGUUCGAUGACUCGGUGCUCAGGUCGCUUGACCUCUCGAGGUGUAAGCUCGUGGCACGGGGCCAGGGCUAUCCUUACCUCAGCGACUCGCUCCGGGCACGUCCGCUGGAGCGAGGAGACUUCGCGAACGGCUACCUUUCUCUCCUCUCCCAGUUAACCCGAGUAGGCGACUACCCCAGGGAAAAGUUCGAGGCCCAUUUCGACCGUAUGAGGGCUCUCCCUGGCGUCUAUUACACGGUGGUCGUAGAAGACGUUGACGGGGGACGACGAGUGGUGGGUACUGCAACACUCGUUAUGGAGCUCAAGUUUAUACGCGGUGCGGCGACCAGGGGCAGACUGGAGGAACUGGUGGUCGAUUCGGAGUACAGGAACCUUCACCUGGGCUCCUACCUACUGGAGCUGGUCACUGAGCUCUGUCGAGGUCUGGGGGCCUAUAAGAUGACGCUGGACUGCAAGCCAGAGGUGGAGGGUUUCUACAGCAAGUAUGGCUACACCAACGAGGGACAGAGAUACCUGACCCAGAGAUUUCAUGAUUGAUUUUUGUUACAUGUGCAAAAGAAAACAGGUUCAAAAGGCUGAAGUCUAGCCCCAUUCCGACUAGAAUUGGACAACUGAUUCAUUCAGAGUUAUGUAUACCCUGCAACUAUUUUGCUUUG